AUGCUAUUCGGCGAGCGGCCGACAGCGAAUCCUCGUGCGUUGAAACCAACAGCAAACACUGAUGCACCACCGGACGGUGGCUAUGGAUGGGUAUUCACUGUUGCAGCUGCCGUCAUUAACGCCCAUUCCUGGGGGUUUAAUUCUGCCUACGCUGUGUUCCUCGCCUACUACUUGGACAGCGACGUCUUUCCAGGCGCAAGCCAUCUCGAAUAUGCAUUUGUGGGGUCACUCAGUUUGUGUCUUUUGAUGCUCAUUUCGCCAAUCGCGACGAUAUCGGUUCGAGAAUUAGGUGUCAAUCCGACCAUAUUCUGUGGUGUCGUUCUGGAAACCGUUUGUCUUUUAUGCGCCAGUCUCUCAACGCAAACAUGGCACUUGUUCUUAACACAGGGCGUCUUUUUCGGAAUGGGACUAGGUCUUCUCUUAACACCUACAGCAGCUGUUGUCCCGCAAUGA